AAAUAAAAAAAUAUAAUAAAAAAGAAAAAGAAUGAAAUGCCGGUGGAGGUUUUUUCCUUCUUCUCGGCGUGUGUAAGCGUGUGUGAGUGCGUGUGCAAAUGAGCGUUUAACCCCUUCCUCCCCCUCCUCCUCCUCGGGAUCUGUACAAUGCUGAAGGUUCUAACCAAGAAGUUACGGAACCAAAGCCUGAGCGAGAUCCAGCCCUACCAACUCAAGAUUUCUUACCCCCCGAGCGAUGAGGGUGACAGUGAUGAUUCUGAAGGUGAAAACCAGGAACUUGCCCAAAUUGAUAAAGAGAGAAGACGAAAUUGCGUCUUGACCCCCUUGGCCACCAAUCAGCUGCAGAACCAAGAGAACCAGUGCUGCAAGGUGCGCUCCCUCUUCCACGCCGGCCUGGACCGCCACAGUUCGGAAGAAGAGCUGGAACGCAUCAGCAGGGAAUUCGCCGCCAAGAAACGCGAAUGGUCCCAGGUCAGCCGGCUGAGCUGCCACAGCGACAACAACAACACGUCGUCCAGCGACGAGGAGGUCAAGCACUUGUGCACCAUGUCCUUCAGGCCUGUUGAGCAGACCGAGGGCCACCGUGCCGAUUCCAGCCCCGUCUUGUUCAGCGCUUCCCCGCCUAAGAGACUACAACCCCUGAGCCGAAACCCCGCCUCCCGCACCCCGCUUAUAUUCACAAGUAUGGGGUCAACGUUCGACCAGGGGAUGCCCUGCAAGAGACACAGACAAGGUUUUGGAGACAAGUGUAGCAGACCCAGCCUGGACCUGGAGAAGAUGCAACAGAAAAUGCUGCUAAAGAAGAAUUGCGGAUCAAAGACUAGAGUCAUUAAAAUCCGGAGUAUCGGUGGAGGUCGCCAGCCUCCACAUUACGUCUACGACCCAGCGAUGUUUGCCUUCCGUUCCCUUAGCACCAUAAAGCCUAUUAGCCCAAUAGUACCCGUCGAAGAACCGUCUUGUGCCUACUAAUAGAAGCCUCGUGGAUUAAUCUCAGGACCUUCAUCACAGACCAAUCAGCCUUCAGCAAGCUCAGAGUCUCACUAAAAACAAAGCAAUAGCGCUCCUUCUCAAGUUAUUCUUUCUUUUUCGCUGUUUAACCUACUACCAGCACUGGCACCUUGGAUGUACCGUCAUCAGGAGGACCUGAAAGAGGAGAAGUCGGGAGAGGUGGACUUUGAAGACAAAGUGGUGGCAUUUGCUUUACGUCUUUGAUUAGCGUAGGAGGACUCGAAUGAAGCCUAGUUCUAGUUUUGUAAUCGAUGUAAAGUUUGGACACGAAAAUAAAGACAAGUCGGUUCUUUAUUACGAAAGUAAAGCUUUGAAGGACACGAAGAAAAUAAAUCCAAAAAUAUUUAAGAUAUUGAAGAUGGAGCGCGGUCUGGAGAAGAAAAGCGAAGCUCCCGUCCAUCGUAUGAGCGAUGUGGAUACCUACCUACAUGCUCAGCCCAAAGAAGCGUUUUUUAGAAUUGAAUGGUUGACUGCUUUAAAAGUGUGUUUUGCCGAGAUGGACGUACUCUAAAGCCGGGACGAUCUCGGCGUUCUCCUGUCGGACGUGGUUUGGCCAACGUCAGGUCGAGCAUUUAUGUGCUUUAUGGCAUCAUUUUAUAUACUAGAGAAGUGUCCUUGAUAAUGUAGUGUUGCCACUUGUUUAAAAUAAGGAUAUUCUGA